CCUGACUGCUUUUCUACGUAGCGCGCGGCAUGUGGUUUUUAGGUUUCAAGCUGUUGGUGGCGGCAUUUUCCCCUCCUCGAUCAGUCAAUAGGAGAAUGGCGGGGAGUUUUGAGCUCCUUAUAGGAGUCGUUAUGCUGUACGCAAGCCUCUCUACAGGAGUGACGGCAGCUGAUCCGCCUCCAGCAGGUGCCAUUGUGUCUGAGUGUCGGGACCGCUACUUCUGGGUGUCCGUGGACAGUGGCUUUGCAGGACUAGACUAUGACUUUAAUGUUGUGGAUGGACAGGUGGUCCAGGUCCUUGAUGAGACCUAUGCUGCUCAAUGCGGCUUCACUCACAGCAGUUUCAACCUCACUGGCCGGCUAAUCUUCAGGGCUUCUUUCUUUGCCUGUCAUGUGGUGAAUGUGAAUGAUCAGACGUUUACCCUGAGCUACCAGUUUGUAACACGGGAUGAGUCCGGCAGGGCGACGGUUUUCCCUUCUGCCAUCACCUGCAGAUUGCUUCUGCCCUGGAAGCCCCGUGAGGUGGUCUGUGAGGAGAACUACAUGGAGGUUUCAGUUGGAAGGGAUGUACCUGUGAUUCAGCAGGAGGGCCCACUUGCAUCAAAUGUCACUAUGCUUAAUUUCCAAGGCCCUGGUGAGGCAAUGGCAACCUGGCAGAUUGCAUUCCAGAAAUCGGGGGUACCAGAUCAGAUUAUGAAUGUCACCUAUGCCAUUAGCCUUGGUUACAUGGUGAACUCAACCUCUUCCAGAGCAGUUUUCAGAAGUGCCUACAACAAGAGCAAAACGGAGAUCCUGAAGGUGGAUGGGGUCACGGUAGAAGCUAUUGAUGCAACAAUCUUCUUCCAGCAGAAAUGGAUGCUGAUAUUAAUAGAUGUCUCUGCUGCUUGUACUAAAGCCUACCUGAUCUGGAGCACCCCCAGAAUCAUGCUGCCUCUAGUGCAGGACCCAUCCAGCUUUGAAGAUAAGAGCAUUGGAAUGGGCCUGGGUGGUCAGCUAUUGAACAGCAGCACCAUGAACCAGAGGGGCUACAAGCUGCAGCUGGUCAAGCAACUGAUGCAAAUUUCCAUCCCUUAUGGGGCAGUGGGAGGGUACCUGGAGAGCCGUGUUAUCGACAACCAUUACAACCAGCGUUACUCCAUUGACUUGUUCUUUGAGCACCUGUGGGCAGAUGACCAGUAUGAAGUGACGCAACACUGCAUGUUUGUGCCAGUGAGCACCCCGUUCAUCCCCCAGACACCCUUCACUAUUGACCAGACCAUCCCAGAAGAGAAGAUGUUCACAGUCUACCUGGGCAUCUUCAAUCCUGAUGUGGAGCUGAAGGCCCUCAACCUUAAUGGGGUGCCCUUGACUAUGCCUCAAGUCCAAGCCAGGGGCUUCCCAGUCUCUGAGGUUCAGUACCCUAAUGGCACCCAUGCAUACGUGCUGAAGGUCCCCUUCCAAGACCCCAUAGUGAUUAAAGAUUACAUCUCCAAGGGUGUAAACCGGUAUACUCUGAAAAUCAACUACACCCUGAACAUAAUCCCCAAGGAUGACCCCUAUUAUCAUCCAGCAACUGUAACCCAGGACAUCAAAGACAUCUUGCCUCCUGAGGUCACCGGUGUGUGCAAGAACCAGAGCAUCCUCUUCACUGUGCAGAAAGAGGAAGUGAACAAUAUAUGGCUCCUUUACAUUGGAGAGGAUCAGCUCACCACUGAGCUGGCAGCAGAGCGGGGCUACAUUCUCCAGAAUGGCUCCAUGACCCUGGUCCUGGAGGUUCCACUUUUUGCUGUUGGAUUUUCUUAUGAGGAAGUCUCCCUGACGGAUUUCUACGCCUCCAUUACUAUCAAUGUCAAGGAUUACAAGACUCUGGAAGUGGUGAACUCCACUAGGAUACGCUGUCUAUUUUCAACCACGGAGCUCUUGGUGUGCAUGCCCAAUGGCUUUAUGACUGCAGUGGUCUCGACUACUGUGCCUGUGCCCUAUGUGGAUCCCAAGAAGACCACGUUGCUGGACAAGAAAUGUGGACCCAAGGAGGCAGAUGACACCAGGGCCCUGUUCAACUUCAGUGUGUCCACUUGUGGCACAAGGAGAUAUGUUACUGGCCAGUACCUGAUCUAUGAGAAUGAGGUGGUAUACACCCGGGUGUUGUACCCCUACAAUGCCCCCGUCAUCACCAGGGACACUGAAUAUAGGCUCACCAUCCGCUGCUACUACCCAAUUAAUGGCACCAGAGAUGUCUUUGUGGAUAGGGAGUUUGUCCCAAAAACACGAGGCUAUGGUUCUCUGAUUGCUUCAGACACCUUGACACGUGUCAAACGACCCAGAGCUGCCUUUGGAUCUCAAUCCCGGAUUGUAAGAGGUGCUGCUUGGUCAGGUGAUGUUCAACAGGAUGCCUUGACAGGUGCUGAGCCAGAAGUGAAUUAUGUGCCAGUUCUAGGAGUAACCAUAGCAGUCUUUGGAGUUCUGCUGCUUGUUUCAAUGUUCUUCAUUGCUAUGAAACAUUAAAUAUCCUUGUAUUCUAAAAUUAAAUGAUUGACUUUGAACAGUA